AAAAUCUCCACACAAAUCAUUCGCUCCUCUCUCUUUAUAAGCUUCCACUAUUUCCUCUUCCCUUUCUCUCUCUUCUGCAAAAUAUUUUCCAGUUCGAAGAAAUUUAGAGAGAGAAACAGUGUGUGUGCGCGCACCGUUACUGUGUGUUUUUCGAUCUGUUCCGUUCUCCGUUUAGUAAUACAGAGAAGAAAUAUCAGACAUGGCAGCUCAACCGAAGAAUGUCGGAAUUCUCGCCGUCGAAAUUUACUUCCCUCCUACUUGCCUCCCACAGGAAGCAUUGGAGGCUCAUGAUGGAGCAAGCAAAGGAAAAUACACAAUCGGUCUUGGACAAGAUUGUAUGGGCUUUUGCACUGAGGUUGAAGAUGUUAUAUCUAUGAGUUUGACAGCAGUUACUUCCCUUCUGGAGAAGUAUGAGAUUGAUCCUAAGCAAAUUGGUCGUCUCGAGGUUGGAAGUGAGACUGUGAUUGAUAAGAGCAAAUCCAUCAAAACAUUCCUCAUGCAAAUAUUUGAGAAAUGUGGAAAUACUGACAUUGAAGGAGUCGACUCAACUAAUGCAUGUUAUGGCGGAACUGCUGCAUUGUUCAACUGCGUGAAUUGGGUCGAGAGCUCUUCAUGGGAUGGGCGCUAUGGACUUGUUGUAUGCACUGACAGUGCGGUCUAUGCUGAGGGAGCUGCUCGGCCAACUGGAGGAGCUGCAGCAAUUGCUAUGCUAGUAGGACCAGAUGCUCCUAUUGUAUUCGAAAGCAAGAUUAGAGCUAGCCAUAUGGCCCAUGUCUAUGAUUUUUACAAGCCCAUCCUCGACAGUGAAUAUCCAGUGGUUGAUGGAAAGCUUUCACAAACUUGUUAUCUUAUGGCACUUGAUUCCUGCUACAAGAGCUUAUGCGACAAAUAUGAAAAAUUGGAAGGCAAGCAGUUUUCAAUUGACGAUGCAGCCUAUUUUGUUUUCCAUUCACCAUACAACAAGCUAGUACAGAAGAGCACUGCUCGAUUGAUGUUCAACGACUUUACAAGAAAUGCUAGUUCCAUUGAUGAGUCCACCAAAGAAAAACUUGCACCAUUUUCAUCCUUAGUUGGUGAUGAAAGUUAUCAAAGCCGUGAUCUUGAGAAGGUAUCCUGGCAAGUGGCAAAACCAUUUUACGAUGAGAAGGUGAAACCGGCCACGUUAAUACCAAAACAAGUUGGCAACAUGUACACCGCGUCUCUCUAUGCUGCUUUUGCCUCCCUCCUUCACAAUAAGCACAGCUCAUUGGCUGGACAGCGAGUAAUCUUGUUCUCUUACGGAAGUGGAUUGACUGCAACAAUGUUCUCAUUAAGGCUUAACGAAGGUCAACAACCUUUUAGCUUGUCAAACAUCGCAGCUGUUAUGAACGUUGAUGAGAAAUUGAAGUCGAGACAUGAGUUCACUCCUGAAAAAUUCAUUGAAACGAUGCAUAUAAUGGAGCACAGAUAUGGUGGUAAGGACUUUGUGACAACCAAGGAUUGCAGCCUCUUAGCACCGGGUACCUACUACCUCACAGAAGUCGAUUCGAAGUACAGAAGAUUUUAUGCCCAAAAAUGUGUUGAGAAUGGACUUGCCAAUGGUCACUGAAGAUCAGUCCUAACAUGAUCUAAUGUCAUGAAGUUGGCUUAUGCUCUUUUAGUUAUUGUCAGCAUAUAAAAGAAUAACUAUUGCCAAUAUUAUAUUUUUUCCUAAUGUUCAGCGCCUUUUUAGUUUUCAACAAAUUCAAUGUUUUUUGGUUCACUUGUUUGAGAGAUGAUUGCAAAAUCAUCAAUGUAAUGUAGUCCAUAUUUGAAUGAAAUCCAUUGAGCAAAUUAUCUGA